AUGAAUGCCUCAUGCAGUCACCUCAAUACUACUGCUGUGGAAGAUGCUAUGCGUCACAUUGCCAUAGUAACCAACGUGAUCAUCCUAGUUCUGGGUGUCUCUGGCAAUGGGCUGGUGAUGUGGGUCAUCACCAUGCGGGAGAAGCGGAAAACCUUCACCUCCAUCUGCUAUUUCAACCUAGCUGUAGCUGACUUCCUCUUCUCUUUUGGCCGUAUCCCUGCCCUGGUACAAGAAAUCAUGUACUCCUGCUGGCCCUUUGGCCUUGUCUUGUGCAAGCUUCAUGCUUUCACCCGUUACCUCACUGUCUUUGCCAGCGUCUUCAUCCUCACUGUCAUCAGCGUCAACCGGUGCUUGUUGAUAGCACGACCUGUAUGGGCCAGAAACCACCGAGGGCCUCACUGUCAAGCCCUGAUGUGCAUUGGAGCAUGGGUCCUAGCUUUGGCCUUCAGCAUUCCCUAUCUGGUAGUCCGCCAUACUGAAGUAAUAAAUGGAGGCACCUACUGUGUCUAUCAGAAAAUGUUGAAGAAAUCCACAGACCUGCCCCUGAGACUGAGCAGAUUUUUUGGUGGCUUCCUUGUACCUUUCAUUGUCAUUUGUUCAGCCUACCUGGUUCUGGUUUUCAAGCUUCGUGGGCGGCACUGGGAGGGCUCCCACCGAACCUUUGCUCUGGUGGCCAUCAUAGUGGUGCUCUUCUUCAUCUCUUGGCUGCCUCACCACAUCUUUGUCUUCCUCAGCACCAUAUCAAGCACAAAAGAGGAAUGGGGGAUCUGGCUCAAGCUGGCAAAUGCUCUGGCAUACCUCCACAGCUGUGUCAACCCUGUGCUAUACUGUUUUGUGGGUUAUAUCCGGAUCAGGGGUCUUCGUCGCCAGACCUCCUUCUUGGGGCUCUUCCGGAAGGCACUAACUGAAGAGGAUGAAGGGUCUGUUGGGGCAGAAGUAUCACGGAGUCUUAAUCAAAAGACCUAA